AUGCCGCCGACAAUGCCACAGGCGCCUCACAAGGAUGACCUCGAUGAAACCUGGUCGUUCUUGGAGUCGGGCAUCAACAGCGUGAUGCACAAGUUGGAGGAAGGCGUUGACAUGAAACAUUACAUGGCUCUUUACACGGCCGUCCACAACUUUUGCACAUCACAAAAAGCCGUUGCCAGCAACCAGGGUCUACAAGCUCACCGUGGAGCUCACCUAUUGGGCGAAGAACUCUACAAAUUACUGGGCGAAUACCUUUCACGCCAUCUCAGCGAGGUACACGAAAAAUCGCUAGCUCAUUCCGAAGAAGCCCUCUUGGCAUUUUACAUCCGCGAAUGGACUCGGUACACCACCGCCGCCAAAUAUGUUAACCACCUGUUCAGCUACCUCAACCGACACUGGGUCAAGCGAGAGAUUGAUGAGGGAAAGAAGAAUGUGUACGAUGUGUACACCUUACACCUGGUCAAGUGGAAAGACGACUUCUUCGAGAACCUGCAUGCGAAGGUGAUGGACGCGGUGUUGAAUUUAAUUGAGAAGCAGCGGAACGGCGAAACAAUCGAACAAUCACAGAUCAAGAGCAUCGUCGAUUCGUUUGUGUCGUUGGGUCUUGACGAAAACGAUAGCAAGAAGUCUACCCUCGAGGUCUACCGACACUACUUCCAACGGCCGUUCAUUGACGCGACAAGAAAGUACUAUGAAAACGAGUCACGGCAGUUUGUGGCAGAGAACAGUGUUGUGGAAUACAUGAAGAAGGCUGAGGCCCGACUUGAGGAGGAGAAGGCCCGAGUUGGUCUUUAUCUACACUCCGAUGUGACCAAGAGUCUCACCGAAACUUGUCUGGAUGUCCUUGUUACUGCCCAUUCUACUCUUCUCCGCGACGAGUUCCAGAUUUUGCUUGAUAAUGAACGCCAGGACGAUCUUGCACGCAUGUACCGCCUCCUGUCGCGCAUCAAGGAGGGAUUGGAUCCAUUGCGUUCCACUUUUGAAAACCACGUGAGAAAGGCUGGUUUGGCUGCGAUCGAGAAGGUAGCUUCGGAGGGCGAGAACUUUGAGCCUAAGCUAUACGUUGAUGCUCUACUACAAGUUCACACGCGCUAUCAAAACCUCGUUGACGAAGCCUUCAAUGGCGAGUCCGAGUUCGUUCGUUCGCUGGAUAACGCUUGUCGGGAAUUUGUUAACCGUAAUCGUAUUUGCAAGUCGACUACCACCAAAUCACCCGAAUUGCUUGCCAAGUACACCGAUUCGUUGCUCAAGAAGGGCUCCAAGGCUGCCGAGGAGUCCGAGCUCGAAGAGAUGCUUGUCCAAAUCAUGACUGUCUUCAAGUACAUCGAGGACAAAGAUGUCUUCCAAAAGUUUUACUCGAAAAUGUUGGCAAAGCGUCUCGUGCAUGUCAGCUCGGUAUCUGAUGAUGCGGAAACCAGCAUGAUCAGUAAGCUGAAGGAAGCAUGUGGAUUUGAAUAUACCAAUAAGUUGCAGCGCAUGUUCCAGGACAUCCAGAUUUCCAAGGAUCUUAAUGCCAAUUACAAAGUCUACCAAGAAAAGGUCUUGGAUGAUGACGACCGCAGGAGAAUGGUGGACGCACAUUUCCAGGUUCUUGGAACUGGCAUGUGGCCUCUUAACCCUCCGAAUACCGCCUUCUCCGCGCCUCCAGAGGUUACUAAGUCUGCUGAGCGGUUCCAGAAGUUCUACUUUGAUAAGCACAAUGGUCGCAAGUUGACAUGGCUCUGGCAAUUGUGCAAGGGCGAGGUCAAGGCCAACUACAUCAAAAACGCCAAGGUCCCUUACACAUUCCAGGUAUCCACUUUCCAGAUGGGUAUUCUGUUGCUAUUUAACGAGACCGACACACUGUCGUACUCCGACAUCCAGAAGGCCACUACUCUGGCUCCGGAGGUUCUCGACCCUAACCUUGCUAUUUUCCUGAAGGCGAAGGUGCUUCUGGCUGGCCCCGAUGGUGCCAAACCCGAGCCUACAACCACAUACAAUCUGAACUACAAUUUCAAAAACAAAAAGGUCAAGGUCAACCUCAAUAUCCAAAUUAAGUCGGAGCAAAAGGUAGAAUCCGACGACACACACAAGACGAUUGAGGAGGAUCGGAAGCUGUUGCUCCAGUCUGCCAUCGUCCGUGUCAUGAAAUCCCGGAAGAAGAUGAAGCACGUCCAGCUUGUACAGGAGGUCAUCCAGCAGGUCAAAUCGCGUUUCCCGCCCAAGGUCCCCGACAUCAAGAAAAACAUCGAGGCCCUAAUGGAAAAGGACUACAUCGAACGUUUAGAGGGAGACGAAGUUUCCUACAUUGCUUAA